AGGCUUCGCUUCAUCACUUCCAUUUUUCUCUUCUCUCUCUAUCUCUCUAUUUCGCCGUAGAAAAAUUGUCGGAACAGAACACUCAAAACAAAUCCAUUCUCUAUAAAUUCCUAAACUUUCUCUCCUUAAUUCCUCUCUAUCUUUCUUCAAUCCAAUCACUACUUCCCCCAAUGGGAGCUUGUGCGACUAAGCCCAAGGCCGACGGCGCCCUCGCUCCGGCCCCGGAACCGGAGAAGAAGGAUGUUGAUGCUGUUGUCGACGCUGUUGAACCUGAGAAAACAGUUGAAGUUCCGGCGGUGGAGGUUUCAGGAGAGGGAGACCAAGGCGAUAAAGGUAAGGAAGUUGUUGAUGUUGACGACGAUAAGGUGGAUGAUCAGAGUGUUAAACGCCGCUCACUAAGCAACUUAUUUAAGGAGAAAGAAGGGAGUGAAUCAAUUGAUGGUGAGAAGCCAGUUGGGGAAACAGAGACAGAAAUACAAACAAAAGAAAUUGACAUUAAGGCACCUCAAACUGAAAAGUGUAUCGAAGAGUCUGAGACAAAGGUGCCUCAAACUGUAGUAGAAGCUGAAAAACAUACUGAAGAAAUUGAGACAAAGGUGCCUCAAACUGUAGUAGAGACCGAAAAACGUACCGAAGAAGCUGUAGUGCAGAUUGAAAAACAAACCGAAGAAGCUGAGGUGGAGGUACCUAAAACUGUAGUAGAAACCAAAGAAACUGAGACCAAGGCGCCUCAUCCAGUUGUAGAGACUGAAAAAUCUGAAAUUCCAAUUGAAAGGAUACAGAUCACCGACGUUCCAACAACAACUUCCGAGACCAUUACUGUGGAGAAAGUAAUUGCACCUUCACCAUCUGAUGUUACACCAACGAGUGAAACAUCCGAGGAAAAGAGAUCAGAAGAUGUAAAAUUACCCGAGAAAGUCGAGAAAGCUGAAGUAGUGACAUUAGUUGAAGUCGAACCAAAGAAAGAUGAUAACAGUGAUGCCAAGAAGACUGAGACAGAGACACCGAAAGAAACCGAACCAAAGCCCGUUGCACCUACCGAAACCAGUGCCAAACCAGCAGAGGUAAAGGAUGAAGUAGUGAAGGUAAGUGCUGAGGAAAAAACAUCAAGUUGAUGAAAAGUGAGACAUUAUUUGGGAUUGAAAGUAUAGAAAGUGAAAAGGAGAUGGUUUUCUUCUUGGGUCGUUUAAAAUUUAUUAUUUGGGGAGAAAGUUAAGUUUACCCAACAAAGAAACAAUGGCUGUAUCAAUCUGCCAUGAUCAAGAUUUAGAUUGUUAUUAUGUGGUUUUUUUUUAAGCAACUACUUGAGAGGAUUUGUUUCUAUUGUUUUAUUUGUAUAUCAUUUGUUGGUUUUUCA